CGUCGACCUUCGAGACUUGAAUACUGGCGUGUUGCCGAUGAAGUACCUCUUUGUCUGCAAAAUCAACAGCAUGCAUCGUCAGGUAUAUCCUCCAAAGUCGGUGGCUUCUCAUUUGCUCGCCUCCCUACAUUCUGAAGGCAGCUUUAUCGUUAGCUCUUGUUCUUCUAUAUCUGCCUGCUGGCUGCCUUCGGGUGCUUGUCGCCGUACAUGAUUCAUUCAUCCGCUUCUUCUCGCUGAAACUGUCAUAUGGACGCACGGAUCGUCCCCACUUGUUCUUCUCUACCUGCCUGCUGACUGCCUUCGGUCUCUUGUGGUCGUGCAUGAUUCAUUCAUCCGCUUCUUCUCGCUGAAACCGUCAUAUGGACGCACGGUAAUCCUCUCUGUGGUCUUGUUUGACCAGGGCGGACUCGAUGUAUCAACCCAUGCCGACGCCAACUUUCUUAUCCUUAUUUUGUCCUGCGGCAUCUAUCCGAGGCGCUGAUGGCUUACAGCACGGACUAUUGCAUACCCUAAUUGAUGCACUCCUCCAGCCUUGCAGCCUUGUUCUGGCUUCUGCCGAUUUUGCAUCGCUUCUCCUGCCGGUAUUUUACUCAAGGCACCGAUUUCAUACAAGCGUCCGAUGUUCUGUUCACCGGACGCUCUAGAACGGCAAUGUUCUUGAAGAUGAGGCCUUUUUCAGGGUCGCUUGCCGUCGGUCUGCAGCAUGUCUGGUGUCGUGAGUUGCCUCUCCUCCUGGUCACUUCUCGCCGCCUUCUUGACAGUGCGGUUAUCGGCCUCUAUCGGCCGACGUGCUUCCCCUGUUUCCCAAGGCCACGCGCUCUACCGGGCCACGCAUGCAAGCAACUCGGCAUCAGUCGUGUAGAUAAUCUAGUUUCCACUCAAUCCAAUCCAAUCGCUGCUGAAGUCUCUGGCACGGCCGGCGAUGACGUCUAUUCCUUUCCGAGCCCUUCGAGUGACCUGCCGCCAGCGACACAGGCGACGCAUUCAUCAAUAAAAAUCACCGCGCGGGAUUAGAAUCCUGCAGCCACACGAAAACAUCUCUUCAUUUGCUUUGACAACACGUGAGUUCUAGCGCUUUAUCUUUGUUCCAUAGUCUGUCCCUUAUAAGGCGGGACAUUCCUUCGAGUCCCUCAUUCCAUACUCUCUCUCUUUGCUACAAUGGUCCUCAAGCUCUACGGUUACACACACUCCAGCUGCACCCGUUCCGUGGCUACCGUCUGCAAGGAGAUCGGCGUCCCCUUCGAGUUCAUCCUCAUCGACAUUGCUGCCGGUGAGCAGAAGACGCCCGAACACCUUGCCCGCCAGCCUUUCGGUGUAGUGCCAGCAAUCGAGGAUGAUGGCUUCAGUCUCUUCGAAAGCCGUCCGAUCGCGCGGUACAUCGUGGCAAAGUACGGGAACGGAAGCACACUCGUUCCCGAUCCGAAAGACAUCCAAGCGACUGCCAAAUUUGAGCAGGCCAUGAGCAUCGAGAGCAACCACUUCGACAGCGUUGCACUACCCAUCAUAAUCGAGAAAGUGUUCAACCCGAUGAGGGGAUUGGCAACGGACGAGACCAAGCUUGCGGCGUUGGUCGCCACAAUCAACGCGAAAAUGGAUGUUUAUGAAAAGAUGCUGGCAAAGCAGACCUAUCUCGCCGGAAACACGCUGACAAUUGCCGAUAUCUUCCAUUGCCCAUGGCUCGAGGGACUGAAGACGGCUGUUGGACCUGAGUUGUUUACCAGCCGUCCAAAUGUCAACCGUUGGGUCGAGGAUAUCACAUCCCGUCCCAGCUGGCAGUCGGUGAAGAACGGAGUUUAAGCACCAUCAAAUGCUCAUUGUAUUCACGAAUCACUACCCGAGCAUCAUUAUUAAAAGCCACUUUGAAUCUGGGAAGCGGACCGUCUGGUUAUGCCUUAAAAGUCGAGAGGCAGGCUCUACGAUUUACCAACCCCAUCAGGUCACUGAUGGGUCAGUGAUGGCGUUGUGUCAUUUGAUUGUCGCGUUCAUCAAAUCGCGAACUGGUUCGAGAUUCGACAAGCAUCUGUUGAAGUUGUCCGGACAGGUCUUAGUACAUAGCCCAUUUUCCUGAAGAGAUUGCACUUGAGCCGGGCCAGAAUCAAAGUGUUCGUCAGUUCUCUUUUGAUUCAAGUGUUACAGCCCGCUUUUUAUGGAUAUUUCGGCUGGUCGGCUCCAGAAGAUAUAUAUUUUCGUCAAAGUCGCUUGCGUAGAUCCCGAACAAACGAUCAGUGGGUGGCGUAAGCACCUGCCAAGAA